UGCCGGUCUGCAGACCUGUGUGUGAUGGGAAGGAUUUGUAAGGUCGAGCCGAAUACCCACAUAGAUCUCCUGCUGUGGGCUCUUAAAGGGACCUAUAUGUGAAGUCGUGUGAAUCUUGAUACACUGCAAAGCUCCAUACAGGCUGCCAACCUGACUGAAUGGGGAUGGACGGAAGUCACAUGACUGAGAACAUACUAAAACUUACCUUAGAGAUCAUAUUUCUACUAACUGGAGAGGAUUAUGGGCCAGUAAAGAAGUCCAGGAAGCAUGUGACAUCUAGCAGUCAAAGCAGCAUGUCCGGGGGAUGGAACCGGAGCCAGAGUCCCAUCUCAGAGCCUCCGUCCCACUUAUUUCUACAUGUAAGGAACAAUGAGCAGAAGAUCCUGGACCUCGCCAACAAAAUCAUUGAGCUGCUGACUGGAGAGGUCCCUAACAAGUUUCAAGAGGAAAAUGGUGAUUCUUCAGUGGACGAGUGGGAGUAUUUAGAAAGAUGCAAGAAUCUUAACAUGAAAGUCAAGAAGGAGACUCCGCAUCACUGCACUUCACCGGAUCUCACUGAUGAUACAGAAAUAUCAGGAGGGUCUCCCUCCAUUAUUUAUUCACGGGAUGGUUUGACUGACCACAAAAUUGCUAUAAACAUAGCAAAAUACUCAUCAGAUAUGAACAGUCCAGAGAAUGCUGUGGAGACACCAGCAUUUUGUAAAGAAAUAUUUCCCAUCAAGACUAAAAUAUAUAAAAGUACACAAUAUAUACAGUGCUCAUCUCCCUGUGUAAAGGAGGAACCAGUCUCAUGCGGUGGGGAAAAGAUCUCAAGCACUGAUCUCUACUCACCCACUCACCAUUUAUCAUAUGCAUAUUUUCAUUCUAAAGAAGGUAAGGAAGAAAAUGUCACUGACCCUGAAAUGUGCAGAGAUCCUCAACAGUUCAAUGAUGUCUAUGCAGCUAUGGAUCAUUAUAGUGAAGAUCCAACUCCUCAUAUAAAAGAGGAACCAGUCUCAGGUGAUGAAAGAAAUCUUGUGGACAAUCCAUUACCAUCAUGGGUUUAUACUAAAAGUGACAACAAAUUUAAAAAGAAAGAUCCCAUGUGUUUCAUUUGUGUGGAAUGUGGAAAGAAUUUUCCUUACAAGUCACAUCUCCUUCGACAUCAGAAGAUUCACAUGGAAGAGAGGCCGUUUUCUUGCCUUGAUUGUGGCAAAAGCUUUAAGUUGAAUUCUAAUCUUCUAAGUCACCAACGAAUCCACACUGGAAAGAAGCCCUUUUCCUGCUCGGAGUGUGGGAAGUGUUUUAUCAGCAAAUCUGAGCUGGUGAAGCACAAGAGAAUUCACACAGGAGAAAAGCCAUACCCAUGUUUGGAAUGUGGAAGAUGUUUUUCAAGAGUAUCAAAUCUUAUUGACCACAAUAAAAUACACACUGGAGAAAAGCCGCAUUGCUGUUCAGAAUGUGGCAAGUGUUUUAGACGUCAUUCUAACCUCCUAAGUCAUCAGAAGACUCACACUAUUGAUAAAGUGUAUGCCUGCCAAGAAUGUUCUGCCUGCUUCCUUACCAACUCUGAACUUCUCAAACAUCAAAAGACUCAUUCAGAAGGAAACGCUAUUUCUCCGCAGACCAUGGUCACUGUUAUGUAAAUGCACACGACCCACAACAAAUGUCUUUAAGAAAUUAAAGAAGCAUUCUGCUGUUAAAUGCAAGCAAUAUAAAGGGUUACUCACCCCAGAAUGCAUAGCAAUGCAAGUAAUAGUUUUAUUCCAGGUUCAUCUGCACUUUUUUUUCCCUCAAAUAUUCCUGAUAUCUACAUGUAUUAUUUUACAGUAUCCAGUAUUACAUUAAAGGGGUAUUCUAUUACAGGUUAUUCCCCUAUCCAGUGGAUAGGGGAUAACUGUUAGAUUGGUGGCGGUCCACCUGUUGGGACUCCGACUGAUCAUGAGAAUGGGGUCCUGUUUCCCCUGUGUGAAUGUAGCGGUGAUUGAGCAUGCAGACUAUUUCUCUAUUCAUCUCUAUGGGACUGCUGGAUUUAGUGGAGUAUGGCGCUAGGGUCCCCCUUUCUUGUGAUCACUGGGGGGGUUCAGCUGUGAGACCCUCAGUGAUCUAUCACUUAUUCCCUAUCCAGGGGAAUUGGGAUAACUGAUUGUAACUGCAAUACCCCUUUUAAUGGCAACCAGUCUCCUUUUAAAGGAAGUUAAAACUCUACCCCUAUACCUUAUUCAAUGCAUAUUCAUAUGCUCUUGUAUAUGUUCUUCAGUGCUGACAGAAAAUAUUUUUAAAGGGGUUAUCCAAUAGUACAAAUGCCCCUCCUAUAGACGGUACUUACCCAGUCCCAACACCCGCGUCCCUCUGGAUCCCUGCAUGGCCACCACUGCAUCAAAACAUCUGGCAACAGGAGGGAGGGGGAGCAGCCACUAGCAGGCCGUGAUGGUGACCAGCUUCCCUAUCAUCGUGGGUGCUGGGGACCGGAUAGGUAUUGUCUAUAGGAGGGGCUGGGCAUUGUGGGGGGUUUUGGACUAUUGGAUAACCCCUUUGAAGCAUAAAAACUCCAAAAACAUUGUAGCUCGGUUUGUUAGGGUUCUCGAGAACUGAAUGUAGGAUUAGUACCUAAGGAGAUGGGCUGGAGAUGUCAGCAUGGAUAUUUGACCUUGGAAGUGCCAUAUGGCAAGUAAUGUAAUUACUGAAUUAGCAGUGCAUGUGAUGUAUAGAAUGGAGUGAGGGAACACCAACCCCAAUCAGUAUUUCAGAAUAUAGGACUGGAAGAGUGGAUAUGAUGAUCCUCCUAUAAGGGACCACAAAUCCCUGAAUUAUAAUAUCAAAGUUUCACAACCAGGACAUCUGCUAUUUGAGGUGCAGAUGACUGGUCACUGGAUGCUAUCUGAAACAGACUGUUCAUGAAUGGGGACUGCAGUCCCACAGAUGACAUACAGAAGGAUAUUUUUGCACAGGUAGUGUCAAUCCACUAGGCGCAGUCAGCUGCUCUCCAAAGUUUGCUGUCAUUAAACAUUUAGGAUUUUUUUGUGCCGUAACAACCCCAGGUGAAAUGUCUGCCGCUGCAUCUCUUCCACCUGAGGUUUAAGGAGAUGGGUGAAAGCUUCAGACUCACUUAUUUUAAUGCUUUAUUUGUUUCAUGUGAAACAAGCUCAUAGGCUUUGAGAAUUCAUAGACUUCCUAUUGCGGAGAAAAUUGAUAGGCGCUCCUAGAAGAAUCCCACAUCUAGGCUCUAAAAGUAGUGUUGAGCGAACUUGUGUUUCUAGUUCGGCGUACAAGGUUCUGGUUAUCUUAAGUAUUCCAUUAUGGAUUGCGUACCACGGACCAUAAGUUAUGGUCCGUGGUAGUGGAAUCCAUAACGGAAUUCUUAGGUAUCCCGAACCUUGUACGCCAAACUU